AGAAGAGGAAAAUAAAAGGCUCUGAGCUCUUCUCCUCCUCCUCCUCCUCCUCCUCAGUCCGCCUCUCGGAAACCCUAACCUAUCCCUAACCCCUGAGAUACAGAUGGCGACCGAGCAUGAAGACCAAGAAUACGAUGACUUCGAAGGAGAGGAGGUCCCCGACGCUCCCGAGAACAUGGACGGCGACGGAGACAGGGCCCCGGACGAUUACUACGAAGAGUAUCCUGAUUCAACCUCUAAUGACAAUUCCAACCCCAACUCCAGUUCCAAGGACUUGGAGUACAUGAAGAAAAGGAUCAAGGAGAUCGAAGAAGAAGCUGGUGCUCUCCGCGAGAUGCAGGCGAAAGUCGAGAAGGAGAUGGAGGCUGCUCCAGAAGAUUCCUCAAGUACUUCUGCAACUCAAGCUGAAAAGGAGGAAGUUGAUUCUCGCUCAAUAUAUGUUGGCAAUGUAGACUAUGGUUGUACUCCUGAAGAAGUUCAACAGCACUUCCAAUCCUGCGGAACAGUAAACCGAGUUACUAUUCUGACUGACAAGUUUGGGCAACCAAAAGGGUUCGCUUAUGUUGAGUUUGUUGAGAUUGAAGCUGUUCAGAAUGCUCUAUUAUUAAAUGAAUCUGAAUUGCAUGGUCGUCAGUUGAAGGUCUCUGCUAAGAGAACAAACAUUCCUGGAAUGAAACAAUACCGAGGGAGGGGACCUUCUCGAUCUCGGAGACCCUACAUGCCUGGUGCCCCCCUCUUCCCUCCACCUUAUGGAUAUGGGCGGGUCCCGAGGUUCAGGCGGCCUAUGCGGUUUAGACCCUAUUAGUGUGAACCAAUGCUUGCUGUCACUGUAUCAGAUGGCCGCUCUCAUAGGAAGGCCAUUUAGUUAUUUUGGAGUGGUAAGGGCCGACGCACCCUCUAGCUGUUCUUGUUUGAAAUCUGGAGGGGGAAAUGUCAUGAAGAUGAACAGCAGAAAUUCUUUUUAUUCCAGAGAUGAAAUUCUUGUAGCUUAUAAAUACACUACAGCAAGUGCCAGUUUACUUGCUUUUGGCCAGGUGACAGGAAAGGGAUACUUGGUGGGGGGGGGGGGGGGGGGGGGGGGGGGGGGGGGGCAAUGUUGUAACAUAAACGGCUUCAUCGGCAAGGGCAAUUUCUGCUUCCCCCCCUCCCCCUCUCUUGGUCCAGCGAAAUUAUUUUACUCAUAAUCGUCCAGUGCUCCAUCUAGUCUUUAAGGUUGGCAUCUGACUGAAGUCUGCAAAUGGUCAGCAUCAAUGAGUUGGUGUGUAUAAGAUUUCCUUGCUCCAAUUUGGAUGGCCUGAGCGUCAAGGAAGAAACCAUCUACUAAUUAUCUGCAGGCCGACUCAUUCAAAUAAUGAACCCCUCCCUCGGUAUAUUUUAAUAA